AUGAUGAUUGUGGAUCCAGACUUCUCCGACCUGGGAGAUCCACCUCCUCUGCCCUCCUGUCAGUAUGACAUGGUGGGACCAGAGGGGAUUGUGGAGUCUCACCAGAUCACCAGAGAUGGGAAAGCCGGUGCCUCUGAAGCUGUGGACUGUAAAUGGUACAUCCGGGCGCCGCCUCGGUCCAAGAUUUACCUGCGCUUUCUGGAUUAUGAGAUGGCAAACUCAAAUGAAUGCAAGCGUAACUUUGUGGCUGUUUACGACGGUGGCAGCUCAGUGGAGGACCUCAAGAGUAAAUUCUGCUCCACUGUGGCCAACGACAUCAUGCUGGUGAACACGCUGGGCGUUAUCCGAAUGUGGGCAGACGAGGCCAGCAGAAAGAGCCGCUUCCGCAUCCUCUUUACCACCUACCAAGAGCCUCCGUGUGAUGCUGAUGCCUUCUUCUGUCACAGUAAUAUGUGUAUAAACAACACACUGGUAUGUAAUGGGAUGCAGAACUGCGUCUACCCCUGGGACGAGAACCAAUGUAAAGAGAAGAGAAAAGCCAACAUCCUGGACAACCUGAACAACACAAACGGCACCAUCAUCGGCGUCACCUGCUGCAUCGUGCUCAUCCUGCUCAUCGUGUCCGUCAUCGUUCAGAUCAAACAGCCUCGUAAGAAGUACAUCCUGCGGCGCGAGGACUUUGACCCCACACUUUUUCAGGAAGUCUUUGAGCCGCCCCAUUACGAGCUGUGCACUUUACGCUCCACCACCUCAGCUGCUGCGGCCUCUGCAGACCUGGUGGACCUGGCCGAGGAUUUUGAGAACUACCACGCCCUCAGAAGAGCCUCGUCCAGGUGCGUCCACGACCACCACUGUGGCUCCUCCAACCCGGGGUCAGCGCACUUCUCCCAGCUGUCGCUGAGCGGCAGGGGCAGCAGAGGGAACCUCAGCACUCGAGAGGCCACUCUGCUCACGGACCUGCCACAAGCCCCCAUGUCAGUGCGCCCCCUGCUGCCCAGUGCAGGGAACCGCCGCAGCAUCCUGGUGAUGAAGCACAGCUACUCGCAGGAGGCAGCAGACAAUGGCUGCGACCUGGAUGACGACAUGGAGGAAGUGCCCACCACCAGCCACCGGCUCUCACGCCACGAGAAGGCCGUACAGCGAAAUAACAAUAGCAGUGAGGAAAGCCGAUCCAAGUCUAUCUCCAAGUUUCAAAGAGGAAGUCCCAACAUCUCUGCAGCACAGAAAGUCAAAAACGCAGGCAGAGAUUUCACCUACUUGAUCGUUGUACUGAUUGGUCUUGGUGUCACAGGGGGGCUUCUGUAUGUGCUCUUCCAGGAGCUUUUUUCAACCUCCAGUCCAAAUAAGGUUUAUGGGAAAGCUUUCAACUUAGUCAAGUCAAAUCCAGAGGUGAUUGGCGCAUUUGGAGAACCAAUCAAGUGUUACGGUGAAAGUACUCGUCGUGGCAGAAGACAGCAUGUCAGUCAUUCUGAGUUUAUGAAGGACGGACUGAAGCAUCUGAGGCUCAAGUUUUACAUUGAAGGUUCUGAACCUGGACUUAAAGGAACGGUUCAUUCUGAAUCUAAAGAGAAUCCAGAAACUCGAAGGAGAUGUCACACGGUACAAGCUAAACUCAACAUUUCACCAAAGCAUGAUUUAUUGAGAACCAGAGAAAUCAGAACCAACUGA